UUUUUUCUAACUUUAUGUCCCUUCUGUACUCGUGUGGCAUUUUAUAGUGCUGCUUCAGUGUCACACUGAAAUGUAGAAAAAAGGAGGGUAUUAUCUGCUUUUAAUUAAACAUGAUAAAAGUCUGCACACUUGUCUGUACAUUGAGGUGGGUGCUGUUUAUUAUACAGAUGUAUAACUUGAGUUUGUGUAGAGCACCUUCUUUUGAAGGACUAGUAGGAGCAGAAUGAGAUGAGGGGUUAUUUUGGCGAUGGAGAUUAAGGCAGGGGCUUUUUGUCAUUUGUGCGAGACAAGCCAUUCAUCCAUCCAGUUCACAGCCAAAAAAAGGCUGGUCCCAGAAAUUAGCAGUUUCAGCUCAGCAGCAAAGUCGUCGGGCUGUGAAGGCAGAGAGAAAUUGACUAAUUAGCAAUGCGCACUAAAACUUGACGGUUCUCUCUAUAACAGCGAGGGAAAGACUCGGUUUUUCUCCCCCUUUCUCUUUUCUUUCUUCCAUAGAUGUUUGAAAUCGCAGUCAUUUACGCUCGACAGUUUUUACAAUAGCCUUGAGCCAUAAUUUUGCGAGUCUCUCCAGCAUCCAUACCCCUGCAUGGUCUCUCUCCACCGGCCAUGCACGACCGUUUCUCUCCCCAACCGUGGAUUUCCUAUUACUCUCGUUACGACUCACUGAGCCCCAGGCCCAAGGAUAAUGAUGUGUUGUUUCUUGGUAGCAUAAUUUGUCACACGUAUAUUUCUUCUUCUUCUUCUCUUGCAGAAAGCACAGCUCCCUCUCACACACUCACACACUUCUUGUUAAUUCAGAAGAACAAAUGAUCAACGUCAACAAAUAACCCGAAAUAGUGACUUUAUGAGUUGGAAUCAAUGGUUAUUUUGAGACGCCAUAGACUUUAAAGGAAAAAGGACAUUUCUUAAAAGGAGAACAAAGGAAAAUUCAAGUGAGAUUAUUGGGAACCCGAAGCUUACUUUCCUUUUUUUUGGUCAAGAGCUGAAGUCAGGUGGCGUUCACAUUCAGGAAGUCAUGUCCAGAUCGGGUGAUAGAACAUCCACCUUUGACCCAACACACAGUGACACCCUGCUGCAUGGGCUCAAUCUCUUGUGGCGAAAGCAGCUUUUCUGUGAUGUGACUCUCACUGCCCAGGGACAGCAGUUCCACUGCCACAAAGCUGUGUUGGCAUCUUGCUCCCAGUAUUUCAGAUCCCUCUUCUCCUCCUCCCAUAAUGUAAUCAACAAUGAGGGAAGCAAAGGGGACCAGGGCAGCAGUGGGACCCCUUCAUCCUCUCCUGAUGACAAGCUGGUGACCACCAGCGCCAGGCCCAUAAAUAACCUAGUGCUCCAGGGCUGCUCCUCCAUUGGACUACGAUUAGUGCUGGAGUACCUGUAUACUGCCAAUGUUACUCUUUCCCUGGACACAGUGGAAGAGGUGCUGUCAGUCAGCAAGAUCCUCAAUAUCCCCCAGAUUACCAAGCUUAGUGUGCAGUUCCUUAAUGACCAGAUCUCUGUGCAGAACUACAAGCAGAUCUGCAAGAUUGCUGCACUCCAUGGACUGGAUGAGACCAAGAAGCUGGCCAACAAGUACCUGGUGGAGGAUGUGCUGCUGUUGAACUUUGAGGAGAUGUGUGCCAUGCUAGAUGCUCUGCCACCCCCAGUGGAGUCAGAGCUGGCUCUCUUCCAGAUGUCAGUCCUCUGGCUGGAGCAUGACCGGGAGACUCGUAUGCACUAUGCACCGGACCUUAUGAAGAGGCUACGCUUUGCCCUUAUACCUGCCCCAGAGUUGGUGGAGAGAGUUCAGUCUGUUGACUUCAUGAGGAGUGACCCUGUGUGCCAGAAACUACUCCUGGAUGCCAUGAACUACCACCUGAUGCCCUUCAGGCAGCACUGCAGACAGACCAUGGCCAGCAGAAUCCGUUCCAAUAAGAGGAUGCUGUUACUGGUGGGUGGUUUGCCUCCUGGACCUGAUCGUCUCCCCAGUAAUUUGGUCCAGUACUAUGACGAUGAGAAAAAGACAUGGAAGAUCCUCACAAUAAUGCCUUACAACAGCGCACAUCACUGCGUGGUGGAGGUGGAGAACUUCCUGCUGCUGCUAGGCGGAGAGGACCAGUGGAACCCCAACGGAAAGCACAGCACUAAUUUUGUCAGCCGCUACGAUCCAAGAUUCAACAGUUGGAUACAGUUGCCUCCAAUGCAGGAGAGGAGAGCCAGCUUCUUUGCCUGUCGCCUGGAUAAGCACCUGUACGUGAUUGGUGGCAGGAACGAGGCGGGCUACCUCUCCAGCGUGGAAUCCUACAACCUGGAGACAAAUGAGUGGAACUACGUGUCGUCUCUGCCACAGCCUCUGGCUGCCCAUGCAGGAGCGGUGCACAAUGGCAAGAUCUACAUAUCAGGAGGCGUGCACAAUGGCGAGUAUGUCUCCUGGCUUUACUGCUACGACCCUAUAAUGGAUGUGUGGGCGAGGAAACAAGAUAUGAACACAAAGCGUGCCAUUCACGCUCUGGCUGGGAUGAAUGACCGCCUGUACGCUAUUGGUGGAAACCAUUUGAAAGGUUUCUCCCAUCUAGAUGUAAUGUUGGUCGAGUGUUACGACCCAAAAGCUGACCAGUGGAAUAUCCUUCAGACACCCAUCCUGGAGGGUCGCAGCGGUCCAGGCUGUGCCGUUUUGGAUGACAGCAUUUAUCUUGUGGGAGGCUACAGCUGGAGCAUGGGGGCGUAUAAGUCUUCGACCAUCUGCUACAGCCCAGAGAAAGGAACAUGGACAGAGUUGGAGGGAGAGGUGGCAGAGCCUCUAGCGGGCCCAGCCUGCUCCACCGUCAUACUGCCCGCCUGCCUUCCUUUUAACAAAUGACAACUAAUCCAGCCGACGGGCGUCGAGGGUGAUGGGCAGCAGAGUGAUUGGGGGGAGGACCAUCAAUAAGCAAAACAGUUGUCAACAAUUUCAUGACAGAUUUUCCAGUCAUACGCUGGGGGUGUGUAUAAAUUAUUUUUUUACAAGUUUGACCAGAGCACUUUCGUUAUUCUCUCUACUGAAGGAUCGAAGAAAAAAAAAGAUAAUUGUGUGAGUCAUGUAUUUAAACUCAUCUGUGUUCUGAGAAAUGGUCGGUUCCAUAUUCAAUUUUUUUAUUUAAGCGGAUAGUAAGUGUUUUUGGCUUCUCUUCUAUAGCACGCAUAGUGUUGAGCUGAAUUAUAGCUUUCAAAUCCAUUGUAUCUUGUAUUCAGUAGCGGCAUAACUCCAGCUAAAUGCAGUGUUGUUUCAAAUUACAUCGGGACAUGAAGUUACACUAGGACUGGGUGAGUAACAUGACCUGUGAUGAUCAAAAUGUAUAAAUAGUCUUCAUCCGUUAUGUUAUUGCUCAUUGUUCUAUGGCUGGGUACGCUCACUUAUUACCUGGUUAGAGAAUUAUACAACAGUUUUGUUGUCUGUCUCUGAAAAUGAACAUAUUUGCGCAAUCAAAAGGGGACAUUUUCAGAAAACCCUAACAGCUGUCACUAUUUAACUGUCACGGUAUGUGCAGAAAUGUUCAAUUAGACAUGAAAGUAGAUAAAUAACCAGGAAGACACUUAAAAAAAGACACAAAUAUACUCAUUGAACUUUUUGAGCAUGUGUCCACAUGACCCAGCCCUAUUUUUUGAUCUUAAAGGGGGUCUAUUAUGUUUUUCCUUUUCCUCUAUCAUGUAUAUACUGUGAAAAUGGUGUUUUCCUACAUUAAACAUGGUCAAAGUCUAAAUAGUGUAUGUGCAAAUAAUCCCCACAAUCACUUUCAAACAGUUUUUCUACUUUUGGCUCUGUAUGAUGUCAUAGAAAGUGGAUUUUUUCAAUAUGAUCAUCUCAGGCAUGCAUUUGAGCUCCGAAGCCCCACCCACAAACCUUCUGCUUAUGAGGAACAGCCAAUCAAAAGGAAGUAUGCUUGAAGAGUGUGGGGACUGGAGUUAAAACAGCAGAAGAUUAAGUGAGGGGCAUCAUCAAGACCUAGUAUAAGUUAAAUAAGGAUUUUUUUUAACUAUAAAUUACAUAAAGCUGUGUAGGACUCAAAAUUUGACGCUGGAAAUGAACAUAACAGAUCCCCUUUAAUGAUUUAACUUGUUGAACGAAGCAAAAAUCUAACCAAUGUCAUGCUGCAGGCAAGACAAUUUAAGGAUCACUAUUGAUUCCUAAUAUUCAUGUGAAUAACUUAUAAUUAACUAACGUUAAUUAAACAAUGAUGGUACAAUCAAAUUGUAACUACUAGCCAACGUGUUUCUAGGUAGCACGUUGGGCUAAACUGAUGCAGAGGACACUUGUGUAGCUUGUUCUCCUGUACAGCUUAAUUUUAACAGGCCUGUUUGUGAGGCUACAUAGCAUUACCUUGAUGAGAUUUUAAUCUUUAAUGUAUAAAAGACUAAAUUAAACAAACGUACGGUGGGCUUUAAUGCACUAAUAGUGAACUUUUAUUUCAGCAAAGUUCACUAAAAUGUAAAAUGUAAAUUACUGAAUGUGCUGUGUUUAAAAAAGUAUCUUCAGUACAAAUGAAGUCCAGUCUUGUCUACGUUAUGAGGUUCAAAAACCUGACUCUAAUUAUUGAUGCAGUACCUGUUGAAUUCUUUAAAAAAAAAAAGAAAAAAAUGAAAAAAGAAAAGAAACGUUGAUUUCAUUCUUGUAAAUAAUCGCCUGCAGUGAAACAUUUUUGUGCACUCAACCUUGGAUUUAUUCUCAA